AUGGUUCGCACAACAUUUUUAACGAAGGUUGCUCUCUCACAAUCCUCAUUGCUAGCUCAUUGGGAAAAGGUCUCACCAGCUUCUAAAAACGUCAAAUUUACUUAUAACGGAAAAUGGGCACAAAUGUUGCGGUAUUUUUUAUGGUCAUAUGGCUGGAGCGGGAGACGAUAUGGUCUGCUAUUUCACGAUCAAUGUUUUGAGCCUGCUCCAGAAGUGAAGGAGGCACUACAUCGUUUGAACUUGAAAGAACCAUGGCUUUUUGAUGAACGCAAAAUACGACUUUAUCAUGCUCAUUCGAUGAAAUCCCAUGGUGAACAAUUACCAAAAGAAAAGUGGACGAAAUGGGAAGAUGAAACAUGGUACCUUAAGCCAUAUUUGGAUGAAAUUGAAGAAGAAAAAAAGACACGAUCGAACACUUCUGGACUGCUUCCUGGUUUUCAAUUAAAAGGGCGUCAUUAA